UCAUUUCGGCCGACCCCCCCCCCCUCUCAUGCGCGCCAGCUCGUAACUCGAAAUCGGAGCGUAGAGUGCGACACCGUGUCGCGCGGCGUGUGGCGUGUUGUCGCGUGCGUGUUGCCACAUCACCACCGAAUCCAAGCGAAUACUUCGGAGCGUAUACUCGCGGUGUGUAGGUCGCGCUCGCACCGACAUCGCAGGCUACCUCUUAUUGCUGCCCCUCGUCGCGGCCGAACGCCUUUUACGUGGGAACGUAAGGGACCGUGAAGUGUCGAAGAGCCGUGUGUGUGUGUGAAGGGCCUCGCCUCGUCUCAGUCUUCUGUUGCCUCCGCAAAAGUCUCAGCGGCCAACAUGUCAACUCGUUCGAGCUCCUGAGUUAGCAGCCCGCCUCGCGAGAACAACUUCCUCUCCUCCUCUCCCCCCUCCCCCUCUUCCCUUCGGAACGCACCACGAGGAGCGAUAACUCGCAGUCACGAGCGCAGCUGCUACCGAACUCUCGAAUCGAGAGCGCACGUGCGGAUCACUGGAGCCGAGCGUACCGACGUUGUUCGCACCGACUUUCCUGUCCCGAGGAGGAGACCGUCGUCAACGGCACCAUGAGCGCACCCCAGGCACCGGUGAAACUGCGGAACGGGGUGGUGAAGCAGGUGACAUCGGGAGAUACCGUUGUCAUCCGUGGACAACCUAUGGGAGGUCCUCCACCUGAGGUAACCAUCACUUUGUGCAACAUUACCGCUCCAAAGUUAGAACGUUGGAAAGGAAAUGAUAGCAUGGAUGAAACCAAAGACGAGCCAUAUGCAUGGGAAGCCAGGGAGUUCUUACGCCGGAAAUUGAUUGGUCAAGAUGUCACCUUUGCUACUGAAAAAUCAGUGAACACAGCCAGAACAUAUGGAACUGUCUGGUUAGGAAAAGAUAGAAAUGGCGAGAACGUGAUCGAAACUUUGGUAUCUGAGGGUCUGGUAACCGUCAAGAAAGACAAUCGCAAUCCUACUGCUGAGCAACAACGAUUGGUCGAAUUGGAAAACAUCGCGAAGACCGCGAAGAAAGGAAAGUGGUCGGACUCGCCGGCUUCCGAGCACGUGCGGGACAUCAAAUGGACCGUUGAUGAUCCCCGGAAAUUGGUCGAAAAAUUCGGCAAAAAACCAAUCAAGGCAGUAAUCGAGUUCGUCUUCGAUGGCUCUACCGUGAAGGCUUUUCUUCUACCCGAUUUUUAUAAUAUAACGUUGAUGAUUUCGGGCGUUCGUUGUCCGGGCUGGCCCAACGGACGUCGCGAAAAUUCCGUCGGCGAUCCUUACGCGGACGAGGCUAGAUACUUUGUAGAAUCGCGGCUCUUACACAGAGACGUCGAGAUCGUGCUGGAAUCGGUUAACAAUAACAACUUCAUUGGCAGCAUUAUUCAUCCCAAAGGAAAUAUUGCUGAAAUUCUGCUGAGCGAGGGUUUCGCGAAAUGUCAGGAUUGGUCAAUCAGCAACAGUAGAUCCGGCGCGGAGAAGCUGUACCUCGCCGAGAAAGCUGCGAAGGAGGCGCGUUUGCGCCUAUGGAAGGACUACAAGCCGUCUGGACCGCAGAUUGAAUUUACCGGCACUGUUGUGGAAAUUGUUAACGCAGACGCGCUCAUCAUUCGAACACAGAAUGGAGAGAACAAGAAAGUAUUUCUGAGCAGCAUUCGUCCACCUACUCGUGAGAAAAAGAAUAUCGAGGACAGCAACAAUACUACUCGACCGAAAGAUUUCAGACCUCUCUAUGACAUACCGUGGAUGUUGGAGGCGCGAGAAUUCCUGCGUGAGAAAUUCAUCAGGAAAAAUGUAAAAGUAGUGGUCGAUUAUACACAGCCGGCUAGGGACAAUUUCCCGGAAAAGCUGUGCUGCACUGUAACCUGUGGCAAAACAAACAUCGCAGAGGCACUGGUCGCUAGGGGUCUCGCGCGAGUGAUCAAGUACAGACAGAACGAUGAUCAGCGUUCCUCUCACUACAAUCUCUUGCAAGUAGCUGAGAGCAAGGCAGAGAAAUCGCAGCACGGGUUGCACGCGAAGAAAGACAUUCCAGUUCACAGAAUAGUGGAUCUCUCGAACGAUCCCUCAAAGGCGAAAGCAUUCUUGACUUCGCUCAAACGGGCGCAGGGAAUAAGAGCGGUUGUUGAGUUCGUGACGAGCGGCUCGCGGUUGAAGCUCUAUCUUCCCAAAGAGGAUUACGUCAUCACGUUCGUACUGGCUGGAAUAAGAACUCCGCGCUGUCAGCGAACGCUGCCCGGUGGCGGAGUGGUGAAAGCCGACGAAUACGGUGAGAAAGCUCUCGCCUUCACCAAGGAGCACUGUUUCCAACGAGAUGUGGAGAUCAAGAUCGAGAAUACGGAGUCAAAGUUGAGCGGUUUCAUCGGUUGGCUAACGGUGAACGAUGUCAAUAUGUCUGUCGCUCUGGUCGAAGAAGGUUUGGCUGAAGUCGUGAAUUUCCCAGACUCUGGAGAAGUCACGAGAACUCUUAAAGCCGCAGAGGAACGUGCAAAAACGAAGAAACUUAAUAUCUGGAAGAAUCGCGUGGAAACACCGGUGGAGACUGACAAGAUCGUAGAUGAGAAAGAAGGGCAGGAGCGCAAGAUCGAUUACCAGAAAGUUGUAAUCUCCGAGGUUACCGAUGAUCUUCAUUUCUACGCUCAAUUUGUUGAUCAGGGUAGCUUAUUGGAGAGCAUGCUUUUGCAAUUACGUCAGGAGUUGGCUGCUAACCCGCCACUUCCUGGUGCUUACAAGCCGACCAGGGGAGAUCUAGCGGUCGCGAAAUUCAGCGGUGACGAUCAGUGGUAUCGUGUGAAAACGGAAAAGGUCUCCGGUACCAACGUCAGCGUCUUCUACAUCGAUUACGGAAACAGAGAGACCCUCAAUGUUACGCGAGUCGCCGAUCUACCUGCGCGUUUCGCGACCGAUAAACCAUACGCUCACGAAUACGCACUCGCGUGCGUAACACUUCCGAGCGACACGGAUGACAAGAGAGCGGCGGUGGACGCAUUUAAGGAAGAUGUAUUGGACAAAAUCUUGCUCUUAAAUGUUGAGUACAAGUUAGGUAACAACGUAACCGCCGUAACAUUGGUGCAUCCUAGCACAAACGAAGAUAUCGGAAAAGGUCUUAUCUCUGACGGAUUCUUGCAUGUUCAGAAACAUCGGGAUAGGAGGCUCGUUAAACUGAUCGAGGAAUAUAAGAAGGCUGAAGAAGACGCGAAGCACAACCAUCGCAAUAUCUGGAUGUAUGGGGACGUAAGGCCGGAAGACGACGAUAAAGAAUUUGGAUUGUAAUUGAUACAAAUGCUCAACAAUGUGGGAUAUAAGCAUUAUUGAUAUGGGGAAAAAGAAAAGACAGAUUAUGUUAUAAAAAAAAUAUGCAGCGUAACAACAGAAUACAUAUAUAAUACUAUGUAACGCUACAUAGAUAAAAAUAACAGUGGUGAAUGUCGAUAUGAGAGCUACAUGCCGCGUUAGUCUCGAUACACAAUUAUAUCUCGAUACAUAAAGAGAGAAUUGUACAUAACGAUUUUAAUAAUUUCUGUAAUACAAUGAACAAAAUAUGCGUUUGUAGUCAUCGAACGAGACUACGCAGCCAUUGGCUAUUACAUGUAUUCUCAUCGACAUGAACAUUCGUUAUUAACUUGGUGCCACAAAUGAAAAUUAUUUGAGGACCCGAUAUUUUCAAUUUGGUAUGAAAUCUUCAAUGUGCAAUUCAAUGCAGUGUUAGGUACACUUGAUCAUGUUAGAUACGUUAAUUGCUUUUCCUAUUGAUAAACAAUAAUCAUGUUUAACUCAUGUACGCGCUACUCUUUUCAAGUUUUUAUAUGCAAGGAUGAUCAUGUAGAUGUAGAAUUUAUAAUCGCAGAUUUAAUCUGGCACUGAUAGAUAAACCGAGAUAGAGAAAAUUCAUAUCAAUAGAGUAUCAAAGUAUUUUCAACUGAAAAUUGACAUCCGCACAUUUUUGUGUCAUGAGAAAUGUUUCAACUUUUAAAUGACACAUGGUUUAAAUGACGCGCGCAUACACGAAUUCAGCAUAAUACAAAUGGGGAUAUAAUAUAGUAAUAAUAUAAUGUGAAGGAAGAUACUGUACAAUUAUACUGUCUUUCUUGCCAUCUCUUUCUGGACAAAUUUCACGUUAUCCAUGUACGUUAUAUGCAUAAACAAGUUUGAUAUUAAUGUACUUACAAGAAAUUAUUUAUGCAGUUGUCCUACUAAUCAGUCCUACAAAUUACAGUACAACAAAUAUAAAAUUUAAAUGUUUAAAAUAUAUUUACGACAAAUAAAUGUUAUCUACCGUGUGUUCGGUAGAACUAAUUCGCAAUUUUUUCUCCGAUACAAAGAAUAUAUAUGUAGAUUCUAUGCACCACGGAAUAUUCGCACGUUUAUUUUACUGAAACUCUGCAUAUACAUUACAUAUAUAUUGUAUCUUUAAUUCAUCAUCUUCACUAUGCUGGAAAUAAUUUUCUAAUUUUUUUAGAUACUUUUUGUGAUGCUAAACUUUUAUUUGUGAUAUUUUCUUCACGUUAUUAUUGACUUUAUUUUGUAAAUAAAAAAAUCCUAUUGGAUAUUUGAUAUACCGUACACACUGUAGAAUCAAAAAGAAAAAGAAAGACUUGUUUAAAUUAUGUUAAGGAUAUCAUUUUUUUUUUAAAUCCAUAAGAUACAGGAAUUUGUUAUAUUGAUAUGUUUGAUUCCUUUACAUUACUGUUAUAUAUAGCGAUAAUCUUUAGAUAUUUCAGGUAUUUUUCUCUCUUUUUCUGCAAUAUGAAUAAUAUAGAAUAAACAGAGAGUAUCGUAAUUAUAUUGUAGAAAUGUCUGAAAUGUUUUGACUGAUCAAGAAAUUUAAAUAAAUACAAGAGGAAUGUUUUCCAAUAUGUUAAAUGCACUAAAAUUACAUCUGUAUCACUGCUUGUAAAGUGAAGUUACGAUUUAACAAUUGAACGCACCUUUCUUGUGAAUUUUUGAUUAUUCUUGUGAAUUUUGAAUUAACAUGAAGUUCUCUCCUAGUUGCGAUCAGUAUUUGUCAUUGAUACAUAAUGAAUAGUAUUCAAUCUCUCGCGGCAUGUUCAUUAUAUCGAGGUGUUAUUUCAAAUAAUAAAUUGAAUAUUUUAUUAUGAAGUAGAAAAUAAUUUUAAUAUCACACAAUUUUUUAUGUGUCAUUAACUUGAACUAUCGUUCUUAGAAGAAUGUUUAAUCACAUUUGCGUCCCAAGAACACGAGUAUAAAUCGUCUUUACACCAUGCGAGUCCUCGUACAAAAUCGUUAUGACUAUUAUCUUCAUAUAUCUGCAACAAUUCUCUAUGAGUAUCGAGUACCUUUACCAAUGUGUUAUCAAAACAACACGCCAAUUGUUCUUUCCUGGAAAAUAGAUAAGUUUUUUAUUUUAACAACUUAUCACAUCAAGAGUAUACUAUAUAAGAGAUAUUCUGUAUGAGCUAUUGUACAGUUGAGUAAAUUGUUAUUUCCAGU